CCUGAUUACCUAUAAUAGUUUUUUUCUUUGAACCCACGGUCGAUGUUUCAAAACUUCUGAAAUAGACGAACCAAGAUGCGGUCCUCCAAUGGGAAGCCCGCUCACUAAUGCGCCGCGAUCUCUCCGCUGGUCUCCGAUUUGUCGGAACAAGCGUUAAUUGCCCGGGCGGAUGUAUGCAGAGGAAACACGGGAUGGCGUUCCACAUCACUAUUAUUUCGGAGAGAUGAAACAGAGGGAAAGAGUGGAAGACCGGACCUCCCUACCCACCCAACAUUCUCUCCUCUGCGAUCCCAUCCCUUGAGGAUCCAUUUUCUUUAUUAUCAUUAUUAUUAUCAUCAGAAGUAGUAUUAUUUUUUGUUUCUCUCUCUUUCCUUCUCUACUCCAGGGUCUCCUUCCCUUCUGUGCGUAUGCGAUGCUGAUUCGGAGGAGAUCCUCUUCGUGAUCCGCCGCCGCCUUCGCCUUUAGCGGUCUGACGUUGCUCCCCUGGGUUGAUCGAUCUCUUCUCCGGGUGCCAUGGGACCGAUCUGGGGCCUCACGGGCGCUGGCCUGGAUCUCUUGAUCGUGCUCUAUUUCGCGGUCUGGUUCUUGGGUGCCAGGUUCUUGCUCGACCGCCUCGUCUACAAGCCAUUGGCUGUAAGAUUAUUGAGAGCUCUACGGAUAAAUGAUGAGGCGAGAUGCUCAAAGAUUGCAAAGUGUUCUGAGUCAAUGUGGAAGCUGACGUAUUAUGCUGGUGUUCAACUGUGGGUUCUUUUGAUAAUCAAACAGGAGCCUUGGUCGUUGGAUACAAAGCAAUACAUUGAAGGGUGGCCUAAUCAAGAAUUGAAGCCGUCGUUGAUGCUUUUCUACAUGUGUCAAUGUGGAUUCUACAUAUACAGUAUUGGUGCCCUCAUUGCAUGGGAAACUCGCAGGAAAGAUUUCUUUAUAAUGAUGUCUCAUCAUAUAAUAACUUCCUUUUUGAUCGGAUAUUCCUAUAUAACCAGAUUUUUUCGAAUUGGGACUAUGAUUCUUGCCCUGCAUGAUACAUGUGAUGUAUUUCUUGAAGCAGCUAAACUGUUCAAAUAUUCGGAGAAGGAGACUGCAGCUAGCGUGGUCUUUGGACUUUUUGCAGUCUCAUGGCUAUUGUUACGACUAAUAUACUUCCCCUUUUGGAUAAUUAAGGCUUCAAGCUACUAUACAAUUGAGUCCCUGAUGUCAUCAAGCGGUUUCCCCACCACAUUAUACUAUGCUUUCAACACAAUGCUUCUUACCCUGCUUGUCUUCCACCUCUACUGGGGGAAACUCAUAUGUGCAAUGAUCAUGAGACAGAUGAGUAAUAGAGGACAAGUAGGAGAGGACAUUCGAUCAGAUUCUGAAGAUGGAGACUGACGAGAAGUUGUCCACAAGUCAGGAGUGACAGAUGCCAUUUUUUAGAAAGUUGUUACUAUUGACAAUCUUCAGGGUGCAGAGACGUAUUCAUAUGUUUACCCGCUCAGAAGGCAGGUAUCAUGUGCUGAAUUUUUUUUUCUAGUUGAUGUUUUAGGAUUUUUGAUCUUUAUGAUGAAAGACGGCUUCUAGAAUUCAACGAUGGGAGCAGGAUCCAUAUAGACAGUGAGUCACAGGCAGAGAUGAAGUUUUGUUGUUUAUGGUCUUCGUUUUCUGUUCCUCUGUUCCCAAAGAUAACCAAGUCAGCCUUUUUGGAUGUAUAUGAGGUUUCUUUGGUAUACCUGGAUCACCUCUUCAGUUUCUGUGGUUUGGGCUUAUUAGCCUUGUUAAUGAUAUCUAAAAGAUGUAUGGGGCAGGAAAGUUUCAUUUGAUUGCUCAUUCACAAUAGUGUUCUAAAUUUUUUUUAUUGGAAUUGCAUUUUGUUCUUAG